ACCAAUAUGGUGGGAGGUUGAUGAGGAAGAUCAUUAAAAAUUCGUGACAGACAUUUUUCCGAUAUAACGCCGUUAGACAUCGACAUUGAGCGAACACAGUCAUGCCUUCGACACCACAACUAUCGCCCCAAGAGGAGCAAGAGAAAUUGCUGGAGGAGGCAAAUAUCAUAGUCAAGAAUCAAUCUUUCCAGAUGAAACGAUGUUUGGACAAAGGGAAGUUGAUGGACGGUCUUAAGCAUGCAUCGACCAUGCUUGGGGAGCUGAGGACAUCCAUGUUGUCCCCCAAAAGUUACUAUGAGCUCUAUAUGUCAAUAUCUGAUGAAUUACGUCACCUGGAAUUAUAUUUAGUCGAUGAAUUCCAAAAAGGACGCAAGGUUGCAGAUUUAUACGAACUGGUUCAAUAUGCAGGCAACAUUGUCCCACGAUUGUACCUACUGAUAACAGUCGGUGUGGUGUACAUAAAAUCUAACGAGCUAUCACGGAAGGACAUCCUCAAGGAUCUUGUGGAAAUGUGUCGGGGAGUCCAGCACCCCUUGCGGGGCCUCUUCCUCAGGAACUACCUUCUGCAAUGUACCAAGAAUGUACUUCCUGAUACAGAAGAGGACACUUCAAGUGGAGACUAUGAGGCCGGAACUGUACUUGACUCUAUAGACUUUGUCCUGUUGAACUUUUCCGAAAUGAACAAAUUGUGGGUGCGUAUGCAGCAUCAGGGCCACUCACGGGAUCGUGUGAAGCGUGAACAGGAGCGGCGGGAAUUGAGGAUCCUGGUCGGCACAAAUCUUGUCCGUCUAAGUCAGCUGGAGUGCAUUGAUAUGGACAAGUAUAAAAAGUUGGUACUACCAGGGAUUUUAGAACAGACAGUCAGCUGUAGAGAUCCCAUCGCUCAGGAGUACCUGAUGGAGUGUAUCAUACAGGUGUUUCCCGACGACUUCCACCUACAGACACUAACUUCAUUCCUCAGAGCGUGUGCUGAACUCCAUGAGAGUGUCAAUGUAAAGAACAUCAUCAUUGCUCUGAUUGACAGGUUGGCCCAGUUUUCCCAGAAUGAGGAGGGACAUGGUAUUCCUGCUGACAUCCAACUUUUUGAUAUCUUCUCACAGCAGGUCUCACAAGUCAUACAGAAUCGGCCGGACAUGCCACCCGAGGAUAUCGUUUCCCUACAGGUAGCGCUGAUUAACUUGGCACUCAAAUGUUACCCAGAUAAGACAGAAUAUGUGGACAAAGUGCUGGAGACAACAGAGGAAAUAUUCAAUCGACUCAACCUUGACCAAAGCUUAACUUCUGUUCACCCCAGUCUGGAGCAUGGCAGUCCAGUUUCCAAGGAGUUGAUGCGGCUGAUGAAGAUCCCGGUGGACAGCUACAACAACGUGCUCACUGUGCUCCAGCUUGGACACUUCGGACCGCUGUUUGAAUACUUUGACUUCAAGAGCAGAAAAAUCAUGAGUUGCUACAUCAUCAAUAAUGUGCUGGAAAAUGACACAUUCAUACCAACACAAGAGAAUGUUGACAGUAUCCUGAACAUUGUAAAUGUGCUAGUGCAAGACCAGAAUGACCAGCCCGAAGAACCAGAAGAUCCUGAGGAUUUCGCAGAGGAACAAGGCAUUAUGGGAAGAUUCAUAUAUCUCUUACAAGCGGAGGACCUCAACCAACAAUAUCUGAUCCUGAACACGGCCAGAAAACACUUUGGCAGUGGCGGUGACCAGAGGAUCAAGUUCACCCUUCCACCCAUUGUGUUUGCUGCUUACAGACUGUCUAUGAGAUAUCAGGACCUUCAGGAAGAGGAUGAGAACUGGGAGAGGAAAUGUCAGAAGAUUUUCCAGUUCUGCCACCAGACGAUAGGGGCUCUGAUCAAGGCAGACAUGGCAGAAAUCCCGCUCAGAUUGUUUCUCCAGGGUGCUAUGGCCGCUGGACAGAUUGAGUUUGAAAAUCAUGAAACAGUGGCAUAUGAGUUUAUGUCUCAAGCAUUCUCGCUUUACGAGGAUGAAAUCAGUGAUAGCAAAGCACAGCUAGCAGCCAUCACCCUCAUCAUUGGAACACUGGAGCAGAUGUCCUGCUUUGGGGAGGAGAACCACGAGCCCCUGAGGACCCAGUGUGCCCUGGCCGCUUCCAAACUUCUCAAGAAACCAGACCAGUGCCGUGGGGUGUCAACCUGUUCACACCUGUUCUGGUCGGGUAAAACCUCGACCUCCGAUGGUCCGAUGCAGGAUGGAAAGAGAGUUGCAGAUUGUCUGAAGAAAGGAGUGAAGAUAGCUAACCAGUGUAUGGACGACUCGGUACAGGUCCAGCUUUAUGUGGAACUGCUAAACCAUUAUAUAUACUAUUACGAGAGAGGCUGUGACCAGAUCACUGUGCAGGUGUUGAACCAACUAAUAACAAAAAUAAAAGAAUUAAUACCGAACCUAGAAGCCAACGAAGAAACAGAACAAAUAAACAAACAUUUUCAAAACACAACAGAACAUUUACAACUAAGGAAAAAUAAUCCGGAGGCUGAUGGUCCUUCCUACGAGGCUCUGACGGUAUGAGGACAACACGCAGCAGGAGAUAGGGCUUCAACAGCUUACUAGGACACGGAAGUCCUUAAAGGACAAUACCGUGUGAUGAAGGACCACAAAAAAAGGAAAAUUUCAUUCAGUUGAUAAACCAUAUUUAAUGGGAGAGACCAUGGACUUUUUUUGUCAAGUCGGAAUGACCUAGUCAUGUACAACAUACACCUGUACAAUUAAGGGAGGACUUAGCAGAGAUAUUCUAUUGCUGUCAUAUAUACUAGAGCUUGUUAUUGUAACACUUUGGUUAGGUAAUACUGUACCUACCAUAUUAAGUAAUUUACAAGUGACUGUUGGAGUGGCGAAAGUGUAUCAAGUCAUCUGAUGUGAUGUUACUGUGUUGUCAUAGUCGUAAAUGUGCUCACAAUGUUGUUACUUAACUGAAUAUGUACUGGACAUAAGCCAUAUAUGUACUGGUCAGUCCAUAUAUAUGUGUAUGGUCAAGCCAUAUAUGUAUUGGUCAGUCUAUAUAUAUAUGUGUAUGGUCAUGCAAUAUGAGUACUGGUCAGUCCAUAUUGAUGUGUAUGGUCAAGCCAUAUUAGUAAAGGUCAGUCCAUAUCUAUGUGUAUGGUCAAGCCAUAUUAGUAAAGGUCAGUCCAUAUCUAUGUGUACUGGAUGUACAAACCAUAUGUUUACUGGUCAGUCCAUAUUUAUGUGUACUGGUCACUUCAUAUCUAUGAGUACUGGUCAGUUGAUAUUUAUUUGUACUGGUCAAUCCAUAUGUGUCUUGGUCAGUUCAUAUGUGUAUUGGUAAAUCCAUAUUUAUGUGUACUGGUCAAUCCAUAUCGGUCUGUUGUUACAUGUACGUAAGUACCCAAGACUGAAUAUAUACAGGUUCAUUUAACUGUAUAACACUUAUUAUAAUCAGACAAAUAGUGUCUGAAUAUGACUGUAGGAUUUCUUUAUUAUUGCCAUUUUUUUCCAUUUUUCAAACCCUUUAAAGGUACUCUCACAAGUAGACUUAAAAUAUCUCUUUAUAUGGGUACUUUCACAAGUAGACUUAAAAUAUCUCUUUAUAUGGGUACUUUCACGAGUAGACUUAAAAUAUCUCUUUAUAGGGAUUUUGAUUUACAUAAUCGCUCUGUAACAGCUGUUAUACUUCAUUAAAAUGUGGCGACUGUCAUGUACUACAAUACUGUGUACUAUAGAAUUAUACUGGUAAAUGUACUCUCUACCGUUGUAAAGGGCGCUCAAUCAUUGAAUGGAUUAUUUUUUUAAUAAUAAUAUUGUCGAUGAAACAAACCAGUUAACUUAACCUCUAACUGUACAAGGUUGUAGAGAAUUUUAACAAAUGUUAGCACAUUGAUUUUGUGUUUAGCAAUCCAGUUAUUAUUCAAGAAGUUCCCAUCCAAUUUUUUGAUUAAUUUUCAAUUAAGUUUUCAUUCAAGCAGUAACAAAAUCCGUUACCAUUUGCACUGUAUCCAGCAUAAUAAUUUCAACUCGCUAUCAACAGUAAAAGUAUUGUCUCAGUCUGGUAAUAUGUAACUCUAUUAAAUGAUGUCACAGUUGAAGUUGCCAUGCAAUGCUUUGUCUUGCAAUUUUUUUUUGUGACAGAAUGAUUUGAAAAAUUAGACCAAAGAUAUUCCAGAAUAUGGCAUGAAAACAAAAAAAAAAACUUAAAUCAUUAAAUUUUAUUGUGCUCGAGUGUUUAUGAUUGAACCCUUAAAUUUAGAUUUUACUAAAUUUACAAGCAUACUGGUUUUAAUUUUACCACUAAAAUGUAUUUAGUGUACCUUGGCUGUGAUAUAUAUAUAUUAUCUAUUAUCAUUGCCAAGAGUCUUGCUUGUACCAAGAUUUUCUUGGCUAUUGUAAAGUUCAUAUGAAAAUAUGGACUGCAGGAUAUAUACUUGUACCAAAUUACAUGUAAUAUCUGUGACAAGAUAAUAUAAGAUGAUGGGCUGGUUAUAUGGAGUCUAUACCUGUAAGUUAUAGUAAAUAUUGAAGUGCUGCUUUGACAUCAGUCAUUGUUAUAGACUUGAAUUUGAACAUUUUCUUUUACUUGUUGUAGUUAUGCAAUAAAUACACCAAUAAGUUAUAAAGUCUGUCCUUCGCUUUGUAUUUUAUAAUUGUCAAGUUCAACUGAAGUUGCGCUGAACCAAAUUCAGCUUUUUUCGGCAGAGCCAUUUAAAAUUUGGAAUGAAUUGACUCGUAUAGAGUGCAGACUGAAUACUGUGCUGCUUUUGGAUUUUAGUAAUAAUAGUUUCUACAAAAUAUAAGUUGAUGAUCUCUCUGUAAUGUGUAAAUACAUCUCAAAAUGGUGAUUGGCACACACUCUUCCUAUGUUUACACCCCUCAUUUUAUAUAUAAAAAGGUUUAUAUAACAUUACAUCUGUAUCUUACACAUUGUAUCUCUCAUAAGGAAUAUUUUAUCUCUAGCUAUCAGAUAUAACAAUGGUAUGGCAUAUCUACAUCGUAUUCCACACUCCUUGCAAACUAGCUUGAGGUACCUGCCAUUACUAGUCAACUGUGAUCUCUUAUGGGCACCUUGGCAAUAUCAUGAAAACCAAUCCACACAAGAAUGUUCUGCCAGGAUCUUAUACUAAAUAUAUCCUAAGGAAAACUUCGAAAAUUUCACGAAAUUUUAGAAAUAAAUACAGGUAUUCGUACACCAUUACAUGUGUUAUUAUUGGGCGAGGAGAUCCAACGACCUGUGGGUAGUGGUUGGUUGAUGUACUGGUGUAGGGAUCCCAGGUGGAUACCGAAGUAUUCUAGUAGAGCUCCACCGAAGGGAGGUAAAUACAAGUAGGUAAGCGAUGG